AUGGGGCUCAUAUGGGACCUCUUCCACCUCAAUCGAGAAUCUAAAAGUGCAAUCAUCAAGUACAUCAAAGCCGCCGUAGCUGAGCAACAAAGUCAACCGUUGACCGAAGAACAACGAGACAAUCUUUCGUAUCAGUACUGGGACAAUGAGGAGCCUGAGGAGCCGUACAUGGCCUACGAAGAGGGUAUGUUUCAUCCUGUUCAACUUGGCGAUCAGCUUGGAAAUGGCAAGUACAUUAUUGUGAACAAACUUGGAGACGGCUCCUUCUCCACAGUGUGGCUUGCACAUAGCACCAAGACAGGAAAGAAGGUUGCUGUGAAGAUCUGUGCCUCGAAAAGUGAGAGUUCAUCGACGGGUGACGAGAUGAGAAUCUCAAGGAUGCUUCGAGACGACUCGUCCCAUCCUGGCCAUCGCGUCAUAGGCUACUACAACGACAUUUUUCUUCACCAUGGGCCCAAUGGUACCCACGAAUAUCUCCACGGAGGGAAUGUGAUGCUAGCUAUGCCGGCUGGCGAGUUCGCUUGCCUGACAGUAAAAGAAAUCUACGAGAAAUACGGGAAACCAAUUAUCUUGCCGAUGGAUCUUUGUGUGGAGGCUACCGAUUUCCAUGAAGAAUACCCUCUGCCAAAGAACGCGCCCCCAUACAUGCUAUGGAAGAUGUUUCUUACGCAGGACUGUGACGACCUGGAGCUGUCGGAAGCACGGGCACAGAUCAAGGAUUUCGGUGAAUCAUGGCAACCGGAGCUAGUGACGCGGUACGAACUCAACACGCCCGAGCCAUAUCGGGCCCCCGAAUCGAUGAUCGCCAAGAAGCUGCAAUUGCCCAUCAGCUAUCCCGCUGAUGUCUGGGCACUGGGAUGCUUCAUCUUCGAGCUUUACGGCAGGAUGGAUAUCUUCGGGACAUACGUUCCUGGUUAUAACAGUGUGUUUGCCACAAUGGUCCAUUGUAUGGGCAAACCGCCGGCAUCGUGGUGGGACGCCUGGGAAAAGCGCGACAAGCACAUUGACGAUAAUUGCAACUACGUCAGAAAUGGCAAGUCGGAUCCGACACCUGCGGAGCCGGACACAAUCAAACGACGAGUGCUGGAGCUGAUCCCUGACCAGAGAGCCAUGGACAGGUUCCCUGAAGAGAAGACUUUUGUGCCUGAGGAGGAGUUACAGGACCUGGCAGCGAUGUUGAUGCGGAUCUUCCGCUGGGAGCCCGAAGACAGGGUGACAGCAGAAGAGCUAAUCAGCGACCCAUGGAUGCAGAAAUGGGGCAUUCCGGCAAAGGAAGCUAUGGAGGUGGCUUACGAGAAGAGGCGCAAAGAACACGAGAAGCCCCCGUUGUUGUCGAAGUCGGUGGCCGUUGGGUUGGCGGUUGGCGCUUUUGACAGAUUGGCCUACAUUCUGUCUCUAUUGUCUCCAACUUCUUGGUGGCGCAAUCUGAAAUGGGCUUUGGGGGCAUGA